AUGCGCACGAAGUCCGGCUGCGCAACGUGCCGAAGACGACACAGAAAGUGUGACGAGGCCAAGCCGGUUUGUAAAAAUUGCAUUCGUCUCAACAUCUCUUGUGGCGGCUAUGCUCAGCCCUUGGUCUUCCGCGAUGAUACGAAGGCAGUCCGUCAACGGUCCAAGGUCAUCGAGGCCCAGAGAUGGGCGGCAAUCCAUGCACGCGAUGAGCAGGACAGGGCGAGGAGGCGACAGCGUGCAGCCGAUGGCGAUGGACCCGAGCAUGGACUCGAUCUAGGCGACACAUCCUGUGCCCUAAGUCCUAUAGCUUCAGACUAUCAGGAACUGCGAGAAAGGCAACACGGCCAGCAGUCUGAGACUCUGGAGACACCUGUGCCCUCGGAGCUCCCAUCACCUCUAGCCAGUGAAGCUGCCGCUAACGCUUCCCUUCAUGAACCCCAGACCAGUAUCUACGCCCCGUCUCCCGUCGGUAUAUCACACCAAGGAGAAGCUAGCUCGCCUACGGCCCAUCAUUUCUCAGGUCCUAGUUCUUCACUGAGCAGCAGGCGGACAGAAACUCAGUUAAGUCAUAAUUAUGGAGCCUCUAUCGAUGCAGUAUCGACUUCAUCUACCUCUCCCCAUCAUAGCAUAGAUGGGGCAGCUAUGGCCUCCACUCCACCGGCUGCUGUUAGCCCUUGGGACAUGACGGCCAACACUGCGGAUGAUAUCUCACUUCAGUCAUCUAUACUCGGUGAGACGUGGCUACAACAGGAUUUUCCCACUCAGUUACCGCCCGUCUUGCAAGAGAUAUAUCAAGAGUACGGAUAUGCCAACCUGGGCUUGAGGUCCGCCCUUCUGGCCUUGCCCCCGCUUACAACCCAAAUCACCGAGAGCGAAAGAAGAGAGAGGCUCGAGUAUUACAGUCUUGCCCUCAACAACAUGAUCAAUGGCUCCGAACCUCUUGCGACCGCUCCCCAGGCCAUUGUCAAGAUGGCCAUCUUCUACGUCCUCGUUAGUAUCGAGAUGAGCUGUGGAACUCAUCAAGGUGGACUCGCUCACUUCAGGCAGGCAGAUGUCUUGAUCUCAAGCCAUGCUGAUCUACUCACUUCUUUGGACACUGGACAACGCCUACUUGGGUCCUGGGUCUCUCUCAAGUCCACAUAUUCCAGUCUCGCCCUACCAUGGGAUGAGGACGCCUACCCGAGUCCGGGAGAGAUAAGUCAAUCACUCCUUCCAUUGCUUCCUAUAUGCGCUAGAAGGAGCCUGCAGCUCCUACCGCUGUUACUCGAGGGUGAUCGCCUCAAUCAACGAGUCGUUCUGGGCCGAUUGAUUGGCCUGGGUGCUUCGUGGCCAUCGUUUCGCAAGUGGUCCGACAAGCUGAAGACUCUGGGCCUUAAGCCUCCACAGCAGAGCAUCCAUCGCGUCGGAGUGGACGAGGACCGUCUUUCUACUCUUGCCGGAGACUUGAAUGCAUGGCACGACGGCAUUGACAUGGCACAUUUGCCCACGUUCGGGGUCACCGCUGACAUUACCCGUUCACUGGAUUCGUCAAAUAUGCUGAGCCCGACAGAUAACCCUAACGGCAGUGCCUCGCCGCCCAAGAACCCGCUCGCGACAUACCUGUCGGAGCGGAUCAAAUUUCGUUCUCACCAGGCCGCCAUCGACUAUCUCCGCUAUGCGGCAGCACAAGCACUAUGUUCAGUCGUUGCACUUGACGAGUUGACUGGGGGGAGCUUGCAAGCUGAUGCACACCAAGACAAAUGGAUCAAGCUCAUAUUUCGCAUCCUGGUUUCUAUAGACCCAGAUAUCUGUUCACAUCAGGAUAUCCAGGAGCUUGGCAUCAUGUGGAUAUUGUGGAGACUGGUUCUUCACCGUGCUCUAAAUGCGGAGGUGCUCGAUGCGGUCGAGGCGUUACUCCCAUUGAUUGAUCGGAUGAGCGCCAGGCUGGGGGUUCUCUAUCCGCCAAAGUUGUUCCGCACCUGGAUACGACUUCAUAGAGAUGAGCUGGCUCGCGGCCGGGCCAUCUUGCUGACUUUCAUCGACUUUGGACCCAGGGAGGAAGUCUGGACAUUAAGGUCACCUGCUAUCAAGUACAAGGUCUUACUUGUCGGCCGACUGAUAGAAGCCGGAUCGAGCUUCUUCGAUGUAGUGGACGUCGUCUGUCGCUGA